UUUCAAUUCUCUCCUCUCUCUCUCUCUCUCUCUCUCUCUCUCUCUCUCCUCUCUGCGUCAUUUUACCAGCCGAAAAUGGCCUCCACGCACACCUCCACCACAUCUUCUCCAACAUGUAAAUCCCUAGAUAUUAUUUCCCAAAAUCUCUCCUUGUGAUUUCGACACUCUUCUUUUUCUUCUGAUUCUCUCUCUCGGAUCUCCUCUCAAUUUUCACCUCACCCAAGAGCUAGGGUUUUGGUAUUCUGGGUUCGUUUGCUUUAUUGGGUUUUUUUUUUUUUUUUCUGGGUGCGAUUUGUGGGUGGGUAGAGAAGACUUGCUGUGAUGGACGAGAGUAUUGUCGACGAUCUUAUACGAAAGCUUGUGGCUGCGAAGAAUGGCCGGACCACCAAACAGGUGCAACUGACGGAAGCUGAAAUACGGCAGCUUUGCUCUGCCUCCAAGGAAAUCUUUCUCAGUCAGCCGAAUCUUCUGGAGCUUGAAGCUCCAAUUAAGAUUUGUGGAGAUGUUCACGGUCAGUUUUCAGAUCUUUUGCGACUGUUUGAGUAUGGUGGGUACCCACCAGAAGCCAAUUAUUUAUUCCUAGGAGACUAUGUUGAUCGUGGUAAGCAGAGCAUAGAGACAAUAUGCCUUCUCCUUGCAUACAAGAUCAAAUACAAGGAGAACUUUUUUCUCCUCAGAGGCAACCAUGAAUGCGCUUCCAUCAACCGCAUCUAUGGAUUCUAUGAUGAGUGCAAGAGAAGAUUUAAUGUUCGUAUUUGGAAGACAUUUACUGACUGCUUCAACUGUCUUCCUGUUGCUGCUCUUAUUGAUGAGAAGAUCCUUUGCAUGCAUGGCGGUCUAUCUCCUGAUUUGAAACACUUAGAUGAGAUCAGGAAUAUUGCACGGCCAGUGGAUGUGCCAGAUCAGGGCCUUCUCUGUGAUCUAUUAUGGGCUGAUCCUGAUAAAGAUGUUGAAGGUUGGGGAGAGAAUGAUCGUGGCGUGUCAUAUACAUUUGGGGCUGACAAGGUUGCUGAGUUUCUCCAGAAACAUGACCUAGAUCUUAUUUGCCGCGCUCAUCAGGUUGUGGAAGAUGGAUAUGAGUUUUUUGGAAAAAGGAAGCUGGUUACCAUAUUUUCAGCUCCAAAUUACUGUGGGGAGUUUGAUAAUGCUGGUGCCAUGAUGAGUGUAGAUGAUACAUUGACAUGUUCCUUCCAGAUUUUGAAAGCCUCUGAGAAGAAGGGGAAGCUUGGGAUAAACAACAUGUUAAGACCAGGAACUCCUCCUCACAAGGGUAAGGGCUGAACGAUUGCAGAAGCUUUACCUGUAACUUCUGAGAACUCCUUCUGGAUCAUCCUGUGCUGCUUGGCUUUCUCUUGACUGCAAGUUUUGAUUAUUCACCUCUGCCUUCUUUUAUGCCGUAUGGAAGUAUGAAGCUGAAAAUUUACUUCUACAGUGGCAAAAGAGCCAUUAGUGUAUCACUAUUAGUGCAACUUUUUUUUUCCCAAAAACAAAAAAAGAAGUGAAACUAUCUGUAUAAUUGAAAUUUCGGCUCCAUUGUGUUGAAUUGUAGAAGUUUUUGUUUCAUGGCAAAAACCUAAAUUUUCUGUUGCUUGCAACUGACCUUACCAUUUCCCGGUAAUUCAGCCGGGAGUGUGUUGCUCUCCUUUACCAUCA